AACAUAAAAGCAUAAAACCAGUAAGAGCAGAAAGGGCUGGACGCGCACCUAGACUCCAUCCGAGGCGCACUGGCAGAAGUGAUCACCAAGUUUCCUUCUUCACCUUCUCCUAAUUUUGGUUUUGAUAAUUCUCCUUGCAAUUUGGGAUUGAAGUUAUGGAAUGGACAGUUUGACAAGGUACAGACACACUUCGGGUGGGAGAUCGGAAUCUCUAGGCAAAGUUGUGACAGAAAAUAUCACCAAGAGUACAACACUGGCAUCGUUGCCUCCCAGUGGAGGUGGAGGGAGUCAGGUUAGGAGUGGCAGGUCAGGCUCUUCCACAUCUGGAGGCCUGAGGAGGGGACAGGGCUCUUCCCCAAUCUUCAUGGAAAGAAAGACCAUAACCAGUCGCUCGGCGGGAUACGACGGAAGUUCCAGUGGAAACUCUUCUCCUGAAUACCCAAGGAAGGACUAUGGUACUGCGUCAGGAGGCAUCUGCAGCAGAGGGAGGAGCCAGACAAGAGAGAGUGAGAUCCGAGCUCGGCUGCAAAGUGCUUCCCCUUCAACUCGAUGGACGGAGCUGGACGAGGUGAAGAAGCUGCUGAAGGGCAGCAGGUCUUGCAGCGUGAGCCCCACCAGGUCCCCCUCCAGCACCCUGCCCAUCCCCAGGAAGGCCAGUGUGGAGACCAGGAUUAUUUCAGAGCCCUCCCAGUCAGUCUGUGGUUUUCCGAAUAACCUGGGUACUGCUUCCACCAGCUUUCUGAGCAGUUCAGGUGUCAACGUGGGAACGAGCACUGGAGCCAACGCCGGGGUCACCCCCCAUUCCGUUUCAGGGCAGUAUGAGAGCACAGUUCUAGGUUCUACAUCUCCAUCCUACUUGUGGACCAGUUCCACUCUCCCAUCAGGUGGCUUCCAAACCAACACCAAGAACCUGUCCCCCACCACCUCACCCUCCUUGCUGCCAGGCUUUGGGGUCCAGAACAAUCUCACCCUCAGCUCCAUACCAGGGAACAGCUGCAGUACAGUCUGUGGUUUUCCGAAUAACCUGGGUACUGCUUCCACCAGCGUUCUGAGCAGUGCAGGUGUCAACGUGGGAACGAGUACAGGAGCCAAUGCUGGGGUCACCCCCUAUUCCGGGAAUACAGUCAAGCUGCAUAAUGACGACACGCUCCUUAAAGACUAUAAGUUCCUGUUGCUGGAGAAGGAGAACAUUCCAGCCAAGAAGGACAAAGAACUUCUCGUCAUGAGCAAAAACAGCGGCAAGCAGUUCAGAGAAAGAUUAAGAGACAGCACUUGUUCAGAAGACUCCGUACAGAAAGAGAAGGAGGUAUCCAUUGCAAAGCCUGCAUUUUUGCAGUACAGCCAGGACAGCUAUGGGCCCUUAAAGGCUUCUACGAAGGACAAAGCCACAUAUGCAGAGAUCCAUAAAGGGGGGGACUCCACAAAGGCAGGAGCAGGCUUCUGUGGGGGCGGCUCCUGCUGCAGCUGGUGGAAGUGGUUGCUGGGAUUGCUACUUGGCCUGCUGCUUCUGUUGGGUCUGCUCUUUGGACUUAUUGCCCUCGCGGAGGAGGUGAAGAACCUGAAGAAACGCGUUACAAACCUGGAGGAAAGACCCCACAGCGGUCGAAUGUUAGGCUUGGAAAUGAGCGGUGUACCUAAUAUGGACCAAGGCAACCUCCAGCAAACUGUGCAGCAGCUAAUGAGGUCCGAGCUACAAUCAGAAUCAUUCAGAGCUGCUUUUGCAUCCUCCAUGAGGGGAGAAAAAGGAGAACCAGGUCUCAGAGGUGAUACAGGAUAUCCGGGACCUAAAGGUGACACAGGUUUGCCAGGAGUGCCAGGUUCACCUGGGCCCAAAGGUGAUAUUGGACACGACGGAACCAAAGGUCAGAAAGGAAGUCAAGGGGACCAUGGAACAGAAGGCUCACCUGGGCCCCGGGGACGAGAGGGGCCUGCGGGGCCACGUGGGGAGGCCGGGCCUCCUGGAACUGGAGAAAAAGGGGACAGAGGUUCUUCUGGUGUUCCUGGGCUUCCGGGGCUUGUUGGGCCACCGGGUCCAGUGGGACCCAAAGGCUUUGCAGGUACGCCUGGCGCCCCCGGUGUUCACGGAGAACCUGGCGCUCAAGGCUUCCGUGGAGAAAGUGGACCAUCUGGAGCUAAAGGGGAGCGAGGGGUACAAGGGAGUCAAGGACCCAAGGGUGACCAGGGAGAGAAAGGACCACGUGGACCUUCAGGUGAUCCAGGACUGCCAGGACUUCCAGGCAUUGCUGGUGAGAAGGGACCUAAAGGAUCUGCAGGUCUUCCUGGAGCUGAUGGAGAAAAGGGCCCCAGAGGUGACCAGGGUCCGAUCGGACUGCCAGGAAUCAGAGGCCCACCAGGAUCUCAAGGCGACGCUGGUAGUUCAGGAUCUCCUGGACUACAAGGACCACCAGGAAUUCCAGGAAAUCCAGGUGCGCCUGGGACCAAAGGUGAUCCAGGUGAACCUGGAAGAAUCAUCAAUGCAGCGGGUUCGAAUUCUGUGGGCAUACCUGGUCCCCCAGGCAACCCUGGGCCGCCUGGACCUCCAGGACCAUCAGGACUGUCAGGUCCAAUUGGUCCAGCUGGGCUGCCUGGUUCACCUGGUCCUAAGGGUGCCAAAGGAGAUCAAGGACAAUAUGCUGAAAGCAAUGCAGUUCUGUCAAGCCUCCCAGGCCCUCCUGGACCACCAGGGCCGCCGGGGAUGCCAGGGCCGGCUGGCCGUGCAGGAGACUCCAGACAAGGUCCACCAGGGCCCCCUGGUCCACCUGGAAGUCCAGGAUACGGCCAGCCAGGCCCCCCAGGACAGAAAGGAGAACCUGGAAGCCUCUUGCCAAGCUCAGGAACAUUCUAUGCUGGACCUCCAGGACCCCCGGGACAACCUGGACAGAAAGGAGCGCAAGGUAUUCAGGGUCCAAGAGGAUAUCAGGGUGAACCAGGCCAACCAGGCCUGCCUGGAUCAUCAGGAAGCCUUGGAGAUCAUGGGAGAGGUCUUGCUGGCCCCUCAGGACCUAUGGGCCCCCCUGGUGCCUCAGGGCCACCUGGACCCCCAGGGAGAGAGGGACCAAAAGGUGAAGCUGGAGUACCAGGCGCCCCGGGUAUACCUGGUGCUUCCAGAGGUGGUAACUCAAGAAUCAGCCAAGGGCUACCUGGCCCCCCCGGCCCUCCUGGGACCCCAGGUCGGCCAAGUGAUGGGUCAUCGAAGGAAGAACUUCGCCAGUACAUUUUGGAGUACAUGCAGAGUGAUGCCCUCAGGAAGUACCUUAUUGGGCCCCAGGGUCUCCCCGGACCUCCUGGUGCCAGUGCUUUGGGAGCUUAUUCUGUGGAGGACUUGGCCUCCCGAGUGGUUGCCUACAUCCAGCGUACGGGAGCUGUGAUUGGAGCUCCAGGUCCAGCUGGUCCCCCUGGGUCUGUGUCUGUCAGUGACAUCAUCGCACUGAUGCAGCGGGAUGAAGUGCGACAGUAUCUGAUUGGUCCAGCUGGUCCUCCUGGACCACCAGGAGUUCUUCAGACCUCACUAAAUAUGCAGGAGGUGGCUACUCGAAUCCUUGGAACCAUGAAUGAACGUGGGAUGGUUGGAGUUCCUGGACCCCCUGGCCCUCCUGGACCUCCUGGGCCGGUAUCUUCUCACCUGCCCUCAUUAGAAAGAGUGGAGUACGUGUCACAGCCAGGGCCUCCAGGUCGACCUGGACUUCCAGGGCCUCCUGGACCUCCAGGCCUGGCCAGUGGUGGAUCCCAUAGCUCUGGCUAUAGACUCGAGGAUAUCAAACAGUACUUGCAGGAUUCUGGAUUUAAUGGACCACCAGGAGCCCCUGGCCCCCCAGGGCCAAUGGGCCCUCAGGGGCCUCCUGGGGACUCCAGAGGACUGGUGUCAUACACUGGAAACUCUCAGCAGGAAUGGGUGCAUGCCUAUUUACAGCAGUAUUUCAGCAAUGAGAGUGUCCGUCGCUCCAUCACAGGCCCACCUGGCCCUCCUGGUCCUCGGGGAGAGAAGGGGGAACGCGGGGAUAGCAGCUACAUCCUGGGGACUACCCACGAGCGCAGCCACGGUCAGAGUAGCGACCACGCAUACGGUCAAAAUGGUGAGCGCGGGUACCAUCUAGAUGAACGAAGACAGGGCCAGAAUGGCAACACAGGAUACGGCUACAAUGAAAGGCGGCUGGAAACAGCGGACUACUCAAAUAUGGCUUUGAAAGUGGCCGAGUAUAUCAAGAGCCAGGGUCUACUGCGGGGCCUGAUUCCAGACGGUCAUGGGCUGGAGCGAUGGGAUGUCCAGGGUCCCCCCGGCCCCCCCGGCCCACGUGGCGCUCCAGGAUAUAGCCGCAUCAUUGGGUACCAUGGCAACGUGACGGCUGAUCUCAUGGACUUCUUCAGAACACAUGGAGCCAUUGUUGGCCCAGCCGGCAUACCUGGACCACAGGGGGAGAGAGGGUAUCCUGGACUGAAAGGUGACAGAGGUGAAGUGGGAUCUCCGGGGCAACCAGGCCGUGAUGGCCCCAGGGGAGAGAAGGGCGAAAAGGGAGAGCCAAUGGUGGUUGGGCGUCGGAAGAGGAGGAGCUUGGGGGUGUGACGGCACAAGAGAAGACGAGGAGCCACUCAUUACACUUUCUGCACAAUAGCAUUUAACAUAGAAUUAUAGUGCCUGGGUAGAGCUAGAAAAAGUAACAAAUUAGCGGUGUGCUUCUUACCUACACAGCCAUAUAUAUUUCCUUGUACAAUUCACUUUGACAAAUAGAGGGAAAAUUCAAACCAGUUUAAGUUUUAAACCCCAAAUGGAGAGUUAAAACCUAAAUUUUUACAAUUCCUUCUCUAUACCGCAUGCCCAUUUCUGGGCCGCGGAGGUCCAGAUCCUAUCCUGGAAACACAAUACAAAUUAAUACUGGGGAGUCCAAUGCCAGCUCCCCCCAUAGGACCCAACUGAUGUGUAGUGCCACAGGUUAGGCUUUGUGUCUGUCAUCAGAAGAGCAUAGGUUCAAAUCCUUUAUUUGGGAAAGUAGUUGCAUGACUGCUAGGCCCUUGUGCAAAGUCUAAACCACCCCCCCCCCCAAAAAAAAACAGCCCUAAGGUGCUAAAUAAAGGUCUGAUACCAGGCUCCAUUCGCACUAAUAUAUGUGCACCUCUACUGGGAGAGAAAGGUGGGAUGUGUGAAAACUAAAGAAUUCCUACGUAACUGGUGAAUAAAGCAUCUUUUUUCACGUGUGGAUAAGUCAAGCUUAAACCAUACAAAUGAGUAAAAUACAACAUUUUUUUUUCCUGAAAUGAUCAUUUUGCACAGUUACUGAAUUUGCCAACCCAUGUGAUCCGUACAUGGUAGGUCAGAUAUUGCUUUUGUUUUUGCAAGUUACAGUAGAUGAGUACAUUUAAAACUUCAGUAGUGGCAGAUUUUUAUUUUUGUUGGGAGUGCUUUUGUAUUUUUGUACCUUUUUUAAAACACGACUUGCAAGCUUUUUUUGUACACUGAAAACCUCUGAACUAAAAUGUGGUCUAAUUCAAAAUUAGGGGGUUGUUUUACUCUCACUAGCACUUAAAUUUUAUACUACCCCAGAAAUGUAUUUAAUAAUUAACAUUGUCUUUUAUUUAAAAAAAAUAUUCCAGCAAACAUUUUAAGUUGGUUUAUUUUGAUACGCAUUGUCUGAUUUAAAAUAGCUUCCACUGACAUCAAAAAAGAUUUAUAACAUGGAAGCAGCAUCCCUCACAAUAUUUUGUGGUUUGCAGUUGAGAAACCUUUCCAGCGAGUUUUUUCCACAGUAAAGUGUUCAGCUUCUUAUGUCCCUAAAAGCCAGCCCUUACGGAAGUGAUGCACCAGGAAAGAAUAUCAAUGCAGUGCUACAAUGUAAUGCAACAACCAAUUUUGGCAAUAUAUUACAAAAUUGCAGACUACAUUGUGUCAAAAACAACAGGUGUAAGCUCAUUCAUCACUGUCUCUGUGACCCAUUGAAAGAUAAAACCUUUGACAAGGCUGGACACAGUCAUGGACUUGAAUCAUGAUGAACAGUAACAUGGUUUAUUUACAAUGAUGUUGACCUACAGAGGUGUUUAAAAAAUAAAUCCAUCAAAUAAAUCCACUUUUAAAAAUCAA